AUGCAAUUCACUCCCCAUGAGCUAGUGUUCGGAAAAACUGCCAAGGUACCUUCCAGCGAGACCGACACAACCCAGGAGCUAAACGAGAGUUAUGCGAAAUACCUGACAGACACUCAACAGACUCAGAACAGGCCCAAAACAAACUCAGACCAGACCAGACCUAGACCUGGCCCAAAACAAACCCAGAGCAGUACCAAAACAGACAUAAACGAAAACCAAACCAGGCCCAAAACAGAACCAGACCAGACCCAGACGAUACACAAGACAAAACCAUACCAGACCCAGGCAAGGCCCAAAAUAGACCCAGAACAUACCCAGACCAAACAAAAAGAGACCCAGACCAAACCCAGGACGGGCCCAAAACAGACCCAGACCAGACCCAGACGAGGCCCAAAACAGAUUCAUUUCGGACCAACCCCAGUACCAAAACAGACCCAGAACAGACCCAGACCGAGCCCAAAGCAGACCAAGACCAAACCCAGACCAGACCCAGACCAGACCCAGACCAGACCCAUACCUGUCCCAAAACAGACUCAGAUAAGACCAAAACCAGGACCAAAACAAAUUCAGACCAGACCUAGACCAGGCCUAAAACAGACGCAGAUCAUAUCCAAACCAGGCCCAAAACACACCCAGACCAUACCCAGACCAAACCAAAAACAGACCCAGACGAGACCCAGACCAGGCCCAAAACAAACCAAGACCAGACCCAAACAAGGCCCAAAACAGACCCAGAUCGGACCAAGUCCAGGACCAAAACAGACCAAGACCAGACUUAGACCAGUACCAAAACAGACCCAAAACGGACCCAGACCAGACCAUGACCAAUUCCAUUACAGACCCAGACCAGUCCCAGCCAGUCCCAAAACACCCAUAAGACCCUGA